AAACAGUGCCCAACCUGGACCUCCAUCAUGUCUGUCGUCCUCGUAACAGGCUCCUACGACCAUGACAUCCGAUUCUGGGAAGCCUGGAGCGGGAUUUGCUCGCGAACGAUUUCUCGCACUGGGGAGACCGGCCAAGUGAAUCGCCUAGCCAUCUCACCAGACAAGCGCCUUUUGGCGGCGGCCAUUCAUAAGAAAGUAAACAUCUACGAGAUCAAUAGCGCGUCGAACGAACCGCGCGCUACGUUCGAAGGCCAUUCUAUGAACGUGACGUCGCUAUGCUUCCACAGCGAGGGAAGAUGGCUCGUCACCGGCAGCGAGGACGGCACUAUCAAAAUAUGGGACCUACGAACCUCCCAAGUCCAUCGGGUCUACGUAAACGGCGCUCCUGUAAACGACGUCUGCGUGCAUCCAAACCAAGGCGAGCUCAUCUUCUGCGAUCAAGCAGGGAGCGUCAAGCAGUGGGAUCUUGCCGAGCAAGUGUGCUCGCAUGAAUUGACCCCGGCAGGCGACAUCCCGAUCCGUUCAGUGACCCUGGCCUCGGAUGGAUCGCUGUUGGUGGCCGGCAAUAAUAAGGGACGCUGCUAUGUUUGGAAGGUCAACGACGAUCAACGACUGGCGCGCUUUCAGCCGGUGACGAAGUUCGUGGCGCACAACAAGUACCUCACGAAGUGCCUGUUGAGUCCAGAUGCGAAGUUUCUCGCGACGUGCUCAGCCGACACGACGGUGAAGGUCUGGUCCAUCUCACCAAGUUACGAAUUCCGACAGGAGAAGGUGCUCGUAGGACAUCAACGCUGGGUGUGGGAUUGUGCGUUCAGCGCGGACUCUGCAUAUCUGGUGACGGCGUCCUCUGAUCAUACUGCGCGUCUGUGGGAAAUGGCGUCAGGAAAGACCGUACGCCAGUACAAUGGCCACCACAAAGCGGCGGUUUGUUGCGCUUUACACGAUGGAGCGAGCUAAGAAACUUGUCUGCGUCAAAGUAUCUCUUCCUCAUACCCUUGUACUACAUCCACCGCCCGUUUGCGCUAUACAAACGGAUUACCAGGGCUCACCCUCGGCAUAGAGAACUUUCCCGGGCCCGCGCAGAUUCACACCUAACCAGACCGGCGGCGGCGUCGAGCACCCCCACGCUGACUAUUGAGACCUAGCAGCAGUUAGCGCGCCUCGUGCGACGCAGUUUAGCGAAUCGUCAUCGUUCGCACGCAGCGUCGAGGGCGUCGGCGCUCCCUG